AAAAUUCGGGGAGAAGCGAGAAGUUUCAACGUCCGAUCAGUCACUGCAAUAGUCACGCACUACCACAAACGGAUUUAAAGUUCUCUUGGACUGAUUGAGCGGGACCCUGCACAACGCUCUUUGUGUUAUACGAAAUUACCGAAAGGAAUAGUUUUUGCUACUUUGUAGCAGGGAGUAUUGACUUUGGUAUUAAUUCUACAACAAAGAUGACUUCAUUCAAUAAGGGACCAGCCUACGGAUUAUCAGCAGAAGUGAAAAGCAAAAUUGCAGGCAAAUAUGACUUGCAGAAGGAGGAGGAGCUUCGGUUCUGGAUUGAGGAGGUGACUGGGAUGGCCAUAGGCGAGAACUUCCAGAAGGGCCUGAAGGACGGAGUCAUCCUAGCAGAAUUGAUUAACAAACUGCAGCCUGGCUCAAUAAAGAAAAUCAACCAGUCACAACUGAACUGGCACAAGCUGGAGAACAUCGGCAACUUCAUCAAAGCCAUCCUGGCCUACGGCAUGAAACCCAAUGACAUAUUUGAGGCCAACGACCUGUUUGAGAACGGCAACAUGACCCAAGUCCAGAGCACCCUACUGUCUUUGGCCAGCAUGGCAAAGACCAAAGGCAUGCAUACUUCGUGUGACAUUGGUGUGAAAUACGCAGACAAACAGACAAGGCAUUUUGAUGAAGAGAAGAUCAAGGCUGGACAAUGUGUCAUCGGAUUGCAAAUGGGGACCAACAAGUGUGCCAGCCAGGCUGGUAUGACCGCAUAUGGGACCAGGCGACACCUUUACGACCCGAAGACACAGACAGAUAAGCCUUACGAUCAGACCACCAUCAGUCUGCAGAUGGGCACCAACAAAGGAGCAAGCCAGGCUGGUAUGUCGGCUCCAGGCACACGACGUGACAUCUUUGACAAUAAGCAGGUGCAGCCAGUGGACAACUCCACCAUCUCCCUGCAGAUGGGUACCAACAAGGUGGCAUCCCAGAAGGGCAUGAGCGCUUAUGGCCUUGGACGCCAAGUGUACGACCCUAAGUACUGCGGUUCCCCCACUGAGCCCAUCAUCCAUGCCAACGGGAGCCAGGGCACAGGCACCAACUGCUCUGAGAUCAGCGACAGUGACUAUCAGGCCGAGGAGUUCCUCCAGGAGGGAGAAGGGGAAGAGUACCCAGUGGGGUAUGAAGAGGAGGAGAACUACAGCAACGUUGCCCACUACAACGACGUUGACCAGGGCAUCGACUAUUAGAGCUGUCCUUGGCGGUACGGCACAGGCCUGGCCCCAGAUCUGUUUGUGCUGUCUUCAAGUUGACCCAUUCUGGUUGGCAAGAAAGCCCAAACAGAUCGGCCACCAGGCUAAUUCGGCGCAACUUUAACACUACAACAACGCUACAUGGAGCAGUAUUAAACAAGUGUAUUUUAUCAACAAACAACGGAGCAAAUCUUUUGCUAUUCUUGCCAAUGUUUUUAUUUGACGCACAGGAGAGAUGCAUAUUAUCCUGAGUGAAUAACCUCUCCACCUGCCCCCCAAAUCUUCUUCCAUUUGAGCAGUAGGGGUUUUAUUUAGUUGGAGUUGAAGCAUAGAAAGUGGUGACACAGUGAUGGAGGUCUACCAUAUUAUUGAGAACAGUUAUUUGAAUUGGACUACUACAUUGUGAAGUAUGGACACUGUGAAGUCAAGAUUCAUUCAGCCAACUCCAUAGCAUCUGAAACCCUUCCGGGGGGGUUCCGAUCAGUUCAUCCCUUUAAAGGAAUUUACACAUUAAUUAAGGGAGGGCAGUCUUAAAAUUUCAAUGGCUUUGUUCUUUUGACAUUUUACCCAUCUCCCUACCAAACUAAAGGCCAAUUGUACUUUUUUUAUAUAUUGAUACAAAGUGUGUGAAAACUUUAGCGAAGCUCUUUCAUUUUUGACUUUUUUUAAUUGUGAAGUGAGUACUUUGUAAUGGCUUAUCCUUUAGACAAGAAGACCAAACCAGAAGUUCCUGUUUUAUUGCAUACAGUAGGGCUAGUCUUGUUGUGCCAUGAUAUGUUUAAUGUCCCCCCCCCCCCUCCGUUCCCACUGUAUUUAUUUCCAUGUCUCACACUAUAAACCUGGUCUGAAGCCCAAAUUGCACCCUAUUCCAAGUGUAGUGCACUUUUCCAGUGGACUAUAUUGGGAAAUAUUGUUCUGUUUCAGAUGCAGCCCUGUUCAUUCUCUGUUCUUUGGUUAUUUUUGAGAAAAACAUGUUGGUAAUAAAAAAUAAAAAAGAUUC